AUUUGAUGUACACAAUAAUUUGUUGAUUACUUUCUCCUUUUUUUAUUCCUUGUGAUUUGCUUUAUACAUACACAGAUUGGACCAUUUGUUCUCUAUCUUUAAACGUACGACCUGAGAUUUAUCCCCACGACGUCGUCUCACAGCCAAACACCUCAAACCACACAUGUUCUUGUGUAGAUAUCUCUCACUUUCACGAUUCCAAAAUCAUCUUCCUCUCAGAUUCCGUCGUUUUCUCGGGAGAAAAACAGAUCCGACGGUCGAUCUCUCCACAUUACACGAGAAUCAAACAAACCGACAAGAGAAGAUGUCGAGACUCGACGGCGUAGAACACAAAACCCUAAAGGUAAAUGGCAUAAACAUGCACGUGGCGGAGAAACCUGGAUCCGGAUCAGGAGAAGAUCCGAUCAUACUCUUUAUCCACGGAUUCCCGGAGCUUUGGUACACGUGGCGACACCAGAUGACCGCGCUUUCUUCCUUGGGAUACCGUACGAUCGCGCCGGAUCUUAGAGGGUACGGAGACACAGAAACGCCGGAGAGAGUUGAAGACUACACUUACUUAAACGUGGUAGGAGACAUGGUGGCACUAAUCGACGCCGUGACCGGCGGAGAUAAGGCGGUUUUCGUGGUUGGUCAUGACUGGGGAGCGAUGAUUGCGUGGCAGUUGUGUCUGUACCGACCAGAGAAAGUCAAGGCUUUGGUUAACAUGAGCGUACUCUUUUCUCCGAGGAACCCUGAUCGAGUUCCGGUUCCGACACUGAGACAUGUCUUCAAUAAUGAUUAUUACAUCUGCAGAUUUCAGAAACCUGGAGAGAUAGAGGCAGAGUUCAAGAACAUUGGAACAGAGAAUGUGUUGAAAGAGUUCCUCACCUACAAAACGCCUGGACCGCUCUAUCUCCCCAAAGACAAAUAUUUCAAACGCGCAGAAAACGCCGCGUUUGCGUUACCACCGUGGUUAACACAAGAAGACCUCGAUUAUUAUGUAACUAAGUACGACAAGAAAGGCUUCACCGGACCCAUUAACUACUACCGCAACAUUGACCGAAAUUGGGAACUGACUGCACCGUGGACCGGUGCUAAGAUCCAUGUACCGGUGAAAUUUAUAGUCGGAGAUCAAGAUUUAACGUAUAAUUCACCGGGAGCUAAGGAAUACAUUAACGGUGGCGGUUUCAAUAGAGAUGUACCGUUGCUCGACGAAACCGUCGUGAUCAAGGCAUUGGGACAUUUCCUACACGAAGAAAACCCUGAUGUGAUCAAUCAACACAUUCACAGCUUCUUUCACAAGUUCCUUUAAAAUCAUAAACCAAGUAUCGAACCAAUAAACCGGUUUUCAAACGAUUCAAAUAAAACAAAAAUAACAUUCGUGUGUUUUACAAUUACAUGUAUGAUCUUGUU